GACGGAUUGGCAUGCCAGCAGAGUGGACGCGAUGUGGAGCGCAUCUGAAUUGGCCUUUCGUUGUUCCUGCUUGGCAUUUUCCAUCAAUUUCUGCAUACCCUGCUUGUCCCGAAGCCAUUACGGGCUCAAGCUCGUUUCGGCAAGGUGUGCGACAGUCAUGCCACAAUGACAUCCAUAUUGUGUACUUAACCGUAUAGGACAUGGCGGAAGAGCGCCAUGAAAGGAGCAUCCCAUACCUAACCAUUUUUUUUGCAAUCGCUGCCUUAGUUUGCCAAUCUCUUGUGUUGGCUGGCACCCACAAGCAGACAGAGGGCCUUCACAGUCUUGGCCAUUCGGUCCGCGGCUGGGCCUCGGUCGGGACGAACGUCUCGCAUGGUUUGGAUAGCUUCAGUACGAAGAUCUCCGAGAUCAGUAACGGUAUCGUUGAGUCCUUGGACCAGCUGACGCACAUUCAGGAGGGCCUCGACUUCGCCCUCGCAAAGGUCGGCAAGAAGCUCGACACGCUGCUGAUUCCGGUGAGGUCGUCCAUGGCAGACCUCGACCUCCACGGUCUCUUCCAGG